AUGGUAUCAGACAGUCCUCUGCCGGAAACAGUUGAAUACGGAAAAUCUCGCUACGGAAAGAACCAAGGUUUCUUCGAGUCACGGAACACCGAGCUGUUACGCCUCUACCGCAGCCUUUCCCCCUGGAUAUCCCGACACCGAUCUCACGUUCUGGGAGCUAAUCUGUCUGAAGAAUCAACCAUGAUGGCGUCUCUGGGAAAAGUUCUCCAAGAGCUCCACGGGACCGGGUCCGUCCGGCCCGAGCCGGCGGAGGAGAUCGACGACACUGUGGGUGCGUUCCAGUCGGACAUGCUACUGACUCCCAAACAGAUGCAGGAAGUCAUGGAGCUGAUCGAAGAGGGCAAGACUGGAGUCGAAAAGCGGAAAGCCGUCGCCUACCUGAACUACCGAUGGCCUCAGAACACGGUGCCUUAUGAGUUUGAUUCUUCCUCAGAGGCCGACCGAGACGCCAUCAUGGCAGGCAUGAGUCUGUGGAGCGAAGAGUCUUGUGUUCAAUUUGUCCCGUACUCGGCACAGGUUGCCUCAAGUCUGGGCCAUGAGAAUCGUAUCCAGUUCUACAAAGGAUCAGGCUGUUCGUCUUACGUGGGCAUGAUCGGAGCAGGUGCACAGCAGGUUUCAAUUGGAAACGGAUGCACAGGAGCAGGUACUAUUGCCCAUGAGAUCGGGCAUGCGCUCGGCUGGCAUCACGAGCAAUCCCGGCCGGACAGAGACGAGGCGGUCACUGUCAACUAUGACAACGUGCAGCCUGGCAGGGAGAUCAACUUCGCCAAGUAUUCCACUGCGCAGAUCAGCACCCAUGACGUGCCCUAUGACAUCAGCUCCAUCAUGCAUUACGGCAGUGGGUAUUUUAGCGCUAAUGGGGAGCCUACUAUCGUGGCUCUUGAUCCUGUCGACCAAUUCCUGAUGGGAAACAGGGCCGACUUCAGUUUCUAUGACAUGAAACUGGCUAACAUCAUGUUUGGCUGUAGUGAUCAUUGUAACACCAAUCUGCAAUGCCAAAAUGAGGGAUACAUCGGAAAGGACUGCACUUGUGUCUGCAAGCCUGGCUACAGCGGAACCCACUGUGAAUCGUUCAAUCCGGAUAGCUUGGGAUGCAUCCGCAAGAUGACUGCUUUAACUGGUACCCUGGAAUCAUCCGGAUAUCCGGCACAAUAUCAAAAUAAUGCGGUCUGCGCUUGGCAAAUCAUGGGCGGGGCAGGUUCCACCAUCUCGCUAUCUUUUGAAGCAUUUAGUUUGGAGACUGAUGCGACAUGUCGCUAUGAUAAGCUGACUGUACGCGCAGGCACUGACAUCUCUACCGGCGGACAAGUGUUCUGUGGUACCACCAUCCCGCCAGAAAUCGAGUCAGUCGGUAACCAGAUGUUGGUGAUUUUCUCCUCCGAUAACAUCAUCACUGCGCCAGGAUUCCAGGCCAACUACGUCAUCCAUGGCAACACCGUAGCAACCAAUGCCCCGCCCCCUCCUUUUCCAGCUAUAACCACCAAUCAACCAGCUGUGGCCACUACUCGUGCCCCUACAAAUUGUGAGGUGAUUCCUGGUACAUGUGGAGGCACUUAUGGCAAUGCUGGCUGCAUCGCGUCUCCGAACUAUGGCGAAGGUACUUACAACAGCGAUGAAGAGUGCAUCUACAACAUCGAGGUGCCUUCUGAUCAGCGUGUUGAGUUGAACUUGAUGGAUCUAGACAUCGAGGAGCAGAGCUCCUGCGCCUGGGACAGGCUGGAGAUCGACUUGGGAAGUGACUUCAUCGGUACCUUGAAGCUGUGUGGAAGCAAUCGCCCAACCGGAUCUAUUGUUUCCAUGACAAACAAGAUGCAAAUUCGCCUGAUCAGUGACAGUUACGUCAACAAGAAAGGCUUUGCAGCUGCGUACAAGGCGGUCUCCAUCUCUUAAAAGGCAGUCGUUUGGAUGGACAUCAAAAACUGCGUAUUAAUUGGCUUAUAGUCGCGUAAAAGAAAAGCCGCAAUUUCAAGUUUGAUUCUUAAUUCCUAUAUUUAUUGCUGCCUGUGCAUCCAUAGGCUAGAAAGCUGUUUUUUAUUUCUUUUUAUGAAAUAGAAGAAAGAAGCAGGCUUACAAAAUAAUAUCACUUGCGCUUUAGUCGAAUAUUGCCUUGCGUGAUUAGUUGCCAUUACCAAUGAUUUUGCUCAAAGAUUAAUGUUAAAAACUAUUCGCUAGCAAUAAUGUAAAAAAAAAAUCAUAUAGUUAUUCGUGUGAAAAAGCGGGAUUAUAAAACAACAACACACGACCGAGGUUCUAAAUUUUAACCCCUUUUCUGAACACCUGUUUGUGUGCAUGCGUAAAAGAAGCAUCACAAUAUUGAAAGUAUUUUUAUCAAUUAAUUUAAGAUAAUCAUUUCUCUUUCUGGAUGAGUUUGUAAUUGGCCGAUGUAAUUUACAACAAUUAUUGGGUGGUUAGAUUGCAGGUUUAUAACUUAAAAUUUCGCACUUUAGAAGAGAUUUCGCGUUUUCUUAGUGAAUCAUGGCGCUGAGAUCUCUUAACGAAAGUAAAGACAGGGAAAUUUGCGGACGUCUCUUGGUUAUUGACUAUAAAACAAGGAUGGAAAAAAGCCCGCCGAAGCUGCUAUACCGCGCUUCUCUGUCAUGACAUCUCUUCAAAAAUAUUCAACA